AUGAUACGUCCACAAAAAAUAUCUAUACGUCCCAUAUAUAAUCAAUCAUUACUACAUGAUACAAUACAACAAUCAUCAUCAUCGACAAAUGUUACAGAUAUAACAUCAUAUAUAGGAAAAAUAUUAACAAUAAAUUAUCAUCAAUUUAUUGUUGAAGAUAUACUUGGACAAGGUGGUUUUGCUUUUGUUUUUCUUGUUCGUUCAUUUAAUCAACAACGAUAUGCACUUAAACGAAUGUAUGUUAAUAAUCAACGUGAUUUAAAUGUUUGUCAACGUGAAAUAUCUAUUGUAAAAGAAUUUUCAUCACAUCCAAAUAUUGUUAAAUAUGUUGAUUCAUAUAUACAUCGUUUAUUAUCAACAAAUAUCCAAACACAUCAAUAUUAUAUAGAAAAUAAUGAAAAUAAUAAUAAUAAUUAUGAUGAUGAUGCUAUUUAUGAAAUAUUUCUAUUAACAGAAUAUUGUUCAAAUGGAACAUUAGUUGAUAAUAAAGUUUCACAUGUUGGAACUCGAUCAAAGAAACGUCUAAAUGAACAACGUAAUGUUGGUAUAAUAUUAAAUGAACGUCAAAUUUUACGUAUAUUUGCUGAUAUAUGUAAUGCUGUAAGUGCUUGUCAUUUUCGUCGUCCACAACCAAUAUUACAUCGUGAUAUUAAAUUGGAAAAUAUUCUUAUUGAUUCAAAACAAAAUUAUGUUCUUUGUGAUUUUGGUUCAGCUAUUAUAUUACCAUCAUCAAAUACAAAUGAUUAUCAACAAUAUCAAAAAAAUGAAUUAACAACAAAUAUUAUUCAACAACUUGAAGAAGAAAUUCAACGUUAUACAACAUUAUCUUAUCGUGCACCAGAAAUGAUUGAUUUAUAUAGUCGUUUACCAUUAACACUUAAAAUUGAUAUAUGGGCAAUGGGUUGUCUUUUAUAUAAACUUAUGUAUAAUAUAAUGCCAUUUGGUGAUAGUAUUUUAGCUAUACAAAAUGGUACAUAUAUUAUACCAGAUGAUAUGUCACAAACUUAUAGUCGAGAAUUAAAUUUACUUGUACGAUAUAUGUUAGAAAUUGAUAUUAAUAAACGACCAGAUAUAUGGCAGGUAUCCUAUAUUACAUAUAAAUUACUUGGUAGUGAAUGUCCUAUUCCAAAUCGAUGUCAAUCAAAAAUUCCUAAUUUAAAUACAAUAUCAAUGCCUUUAACUGAUACCGAAUCUCGUCAUCAACGAAUAGCUUCUUUAUCAAAAGUUAAAACAACAACAAAAACAAAUACCGAUGAAUUCUUAUCUAUUGGUACAGCAGUUAAUCCACGUGAACGUCCACGUGGUAUGAUGACACCAUCAACAUCAUUAAUUAAUUUUAAUCAAUCAUCAUCAAAUACUCUUGCUCCACCAAAUCCAUCAAUAAAUACAUCACGAGCUGGUUCAGCUACUCAAUUAAUGUUUGAUGAUGAUUUUUCACAAAUUCCAUCACAUGCAAUUAGUUUAACUAAUAUACCAAAUGUAACAACAACAACACCAGUAGAAACAAAAAAUGAAAAACUUAUAUCUCGUGCACGACCAACAUCAGAAAUGAUUUCAACAACAUCUGGUCUUAUAUCACAACAACAAUUUUUUCCACCACCACCACCACCAUCUUCAUCGAAUAUUCAAACACAUCGACGUAGUUCAUCUCAUACAAUAAGUCCAACGAAUAUGCAAUCGUCUUUUCAAAACGCCUCCUUCGUUGAUUCUUCUGAUCAAGAUGAUAUAUCCGAUAAUGAUAUUAAUCAAUUAAAAAUUUAUGAUUCUUCAACAAUGGAUGAUGAUCAAAUAUUAACAUACAAAUCUAAUCAUAAUAAAUUAAUAAGUCAAAAUAUUAAUCAUCAUCAUCAUCAUCCAUCAACGGAGGAGGCUGAAAAAAAUAUUUCAUUUUUAAAUACAAAUAAUAGAAAUUUUAUUCAAUCUUCAAAAGAAAAUAAUUUUGAUCAAUUUAUUAAUCAUAAUUCUAAUGAUGAACAACAAACAAAUAAAAAAACAAAUUCAUCAACAUUCAAAUAUUCAUUAAAUAAACAUAAUGAAAUAAAUCCAUCAUUAAUUGAUAAUAAUACUAAUCCAUUUCUUUCUGCACCUUUUCAUCAUUCAUCAUCAUCAAAUAAACAAACGUCAACAUCUAAUUCAUCUUCAUAUGAUCUGAACAGUAUCGUUAUUGGAAAAAGAACAAGUGCAUUUGCUCCUUAUCAAAAACGAGAAAUAAAUUUAGAUAAUAAUGAUUUGGAAACAAUAUAUGAUUCUAAUAAUUCAUUACGUAAAAUUUCUUAUCCAGAAACUUCUAUUUCGAAUGUAGUUAAUAAUCAAUCAUCUCUAUCAACAGAUGUAUUUACAAAUGCUCCAUUUAAAACAAAAUCUAAAUGUAAACAACAAUCAACAAUGAUCAAUAAAACAAAUACAAUAUCAUCAUCAAAUUCUCAAUUAAUUGAUUUUAAUAUACAAGAACAAAUAAAUAAAAAUUCAAAUCCUUCUAAGAAAAUAAUAACUACUGAAAUUGAUUCUGAACAAUAUGGUUAUUCGAAUUUAUCAUCUAAAGAUUCUAUUAUUGAUGAACAUUUCUGA